UAAACUCAGUAAAUGAAGAAAAUGAGUCUUGAUUGUCAUUCGGCUCUUGUUUAUCAUCAGUGAUGAUGUUUCUUGAUUUAAUUAUGUUUCUAAAUUGGAUCAAUUUAAUUCCAUCAGAAUUUUCUAAUCAUCAAUGAGUAAAAAAGAUAUUGAAUAAACAAUGAAGAGAAAAGCAAAGCAUCACAAUUUGAAGGCGAAGAACAAACGAGCAAAAAAAGGAAGAAAAUAAAUUCUUUUUCUUUAAAUCGACCGACCUUACCUGGAAGAAUAAUUAAAAGUGAAAUUGUUUGGAAUAAGAAAGAAAAUGAUCAACAAAAGUACAAAGAUGACGAAAAAAAUUUCCAUUUUCUAUUAGUGAUCAAGAAGAAAAUAAUGAUUCAAUAUUGACUGUGAUAAAAAAAUUCUCUCCGACUCUUCCUACUGAUGAAAGGAAUUGUAAUCAACUCGAAUAUCCAAAAUGAUGAAAACCCGAUCAUUUCAUCGGUUUUGGAUUAGGCCUAAUUUCUUCAAUCUUAUAUUAUUAUGUAUCUUUCUUUGUAUGAUGGUAUUGAUCAGUUUAAAUAUCGACGAUGGGAAUACUUUGGUUACUCGAGAUAUUUCAAUGAGACGACCGAUGAUGAUGCCGAUGAUCCCCAAGUAUAAAAGCUCAUUUGACUUAUCCAAAUUGGAGGAUAAUGAUAAGUCUCAAUUGAUUGAUUUGAAGGACUUUCGAUUUCUCAUCAAUAAUUUACCAUGUCACAGAUCAUCAUCAUCUUUGUUAAAAACUGUUGACAAUACAAUUGUGAUUGAAAAUGGAAACAAUUCAAUCUCACCAGAUGAUGAUUCCAAUAGUGUUGAUAUAUUCCUGUUAAUAUUUAUUCAUAGUGCUCCAAAUAACUUUAAAAAGCGUAAAAUAAUUCGUGAUACUUGGGCCAGUUCUCAGAAUAUCUCAUUCUCUCAGAUUCGCCGGGUUUUCCUUUUAGGCCUAGUUGAUGAUAUUGAACUUCAACGAUCAAUUAAUCAAGAGAACAAGAUUCAUGGUGAUAUUAUUCAAGGAAAUUUUGUUGACACAUAUCGUAAUUUAACUUACAAACAUGUGAUGGGCCUUAAAUGGAUAACAUAUUAUUGUCGUUCAGCCAAAUUUGUCCUUAAAACGGAUGAUGAUAUUUUCGUUGAUACUUAUCAAUUGAUUAACCAUUUGAAAGGAUUAAUGAUUAAUUCAUUAACCCAACCAAAAAGACUUAUUAAUUGUUUCGUCGUUCGUAAUCCAUAUCCAAAAAGGAGUGCUAAUAGUAAAUGGAAAGUAACUUACCAGGAAUUUCCUGGGAAACAUUAUCCAGACUAUUGUUCUGGUUGGGUUAUCAUAUUCACUUCGUAUGCCGUAUUUGAAUUGUAUCUCCAAUCAACGAGUACACUUUAUUUUUGGGUGGAUGAUGUUUAUGUCACCGGACUAUUGGCCGACAAAGCAGCAAUUGAUCGAACUGAUUUAGGUUCUAAAUUGACUUUAAUCGACAAAAACAUAGAGAAAUGGUCUAAGGCAAAGAAGACACUUAGCUUACCUCCAAUGUUUGCUCGACCAGCAGCAAUUAAGGAUCUUCAAAUAAUCUACGAUCUUUGGAAUAAAACAAUUAGAUAUUACCAAUUUGUUACCUAAAUAAUUUAUGAAAGAGAUAACAAUAAAGUUCUAGAGUUAGGUAGAUUGGAUCUGAACCAAUGAGAGUCAAAAGAGUUGAAACUUCAACGAUAAAACACCAAGAACAAGAGAAUAACUGAACUUUUCUUUUUUUUCCUCGAGUAUUUUGAAUGAAAGUUAAUCUUCAUAACUGUGAAUGAUUUUUUCUGCAUUUUUUUACUGGAAAAUCAUACAUGUAUUAUGAUUAUCAUGCAAUAAACAU